ACCUUUUGACAAAAGGUAGAAAGACCUCAAAGAAACCACCUGUAUUUCAUUCUUUACUCUCUCUCUCUCUAUAUAUAAUUAUAAAUACAUUUAUAUUUCUUUCGAUUUUUCUUUGAUAAGAACAAAAUGUCAUUCAACAAGUCUUUCGUGUCUCGAGGUGUUGUUGAAGGCGAAGAAGAAAAGUUGGAUGGAUCCGAGGUUCAAGCAUCGGCACCAAUUCAGGACUAUGAUCCACGUACACUUUUUGAGAGGUUACAAGAACAGAGGAACAUUAAGGAUGAAGAGUUUCAUGAGGCUACCCGGUUGAGUAAUCUGAUUAAACUUGUGGAUGCCGAUGAGGCUGAAUUCUACAAAACCCUUUCUGACGAACAAAAGAGUCUGGACGAAAAGAGAAAAAUGAAAGAAAAGGACGAAUUGGAAACAUAUCGAAAGGCAGUUGAACAAGCACGUCUCACUGCUCCUCCACCUCCAACUUUGGCAGCUACCGUUUCCGCAACCAGUGUCACCAUGACACAGACUUCAUUAAAGUCUACAAAGCGCAAAUCAGUCUCUAGUCCCUUUCAAGGACUUGUAGUAAAGAAAAAGAAGAUUGACGGCCAGGAUGAGAAUAGCGAACCAAAGUCAACUCCAACUUCAAUUUCAACUCCAAAGGCUGCUGAGAGCAAGCCAAAAGUUGUAGAAAGCAAGCCAAAAGAAACCUUGAAUCCUCUUGGAUCUCUGGUUGCUUAUAGUGAUGAUUCUAGCGACGAAGAAGACUGAAAAGAUGAAAAGAAGCUAAAAUUCAACAAAAACUUUUAGUAAAACAAACUAAACAAAGAAAACCCCAAAAGGCAUUUAGAUUUAUAUUUAUAUAUAUAUAUAUAUGUGUGUGUGUGUGUGUGUGUGUGUGUGUGUGUGUGUGUGUGUAUUUGUGUGUAUACUACUAAAAAAAUAAGAAGAAGAAGAAGAAGAAGAAGAAGAAGAGUAAAUAAAUAAUAAAUUAAUCAAG